AUGAGAUCCGUUAUGCAAAAGAAGAAAAACCCCAACGACAACAACAACAACCAACAAAUGUCUGAACAGCCAGAACUUUUGAAGUGCAUAAAUCUCGAAAAUAUGGAUGUCUGGUCUACCAAUUUGUCAUUUGACAGCGGUCAUUAUCAUCGAGUUAAACAACUGCGACCACAACUGCAGCCACAACUACAGCCACAACUACAUAAUCAGCCACAGCUACAGAAUCAACCGAAACUACAAAAUCAACCACAACUACAAAAUCAACCACAACUAGUACAAAAUCAGCAAUCAACUUUACCAUAUCACCGACAACAAAUUUUUAAAAAUCAACAAAAUGUAUCUAAAGAUGCUGCUAAGCAAUCUUUAACGCAGCACUUCAAUACUCUUCAAUAUUCCAAAAAUCAACAUCAACAACUACAACAUUCUUUACAACAACAACUGCAUCGACAACAACGACAAAAUAUCACCCCACAACAAAACUCACCAACGAAAGCAACAUGUAUUCAUUCGUCUUGCUGCACGCAUUUCAAAAAGCCUUAUCAAUUACAGGAUUCGUUUAGACCGUCGUUGGAUUCAAAUAGACCGCCGCUAGACUUGAAUAGGCUGCCACUGGAUUUGUAUAGAUGGCCACAUGACUUGUGUGGACCACUAUCAAAAAAUAUGACUCUACCUUUAAAUGUCUCAAACAACAAUGCCGGUUUCAUAUCUGAUGAUAAUUUGAAUGAGGAUGGAAAAGAAAAGUAUAACAAACAUCAUCUCAUUCAUGCAAAAUCGUUUACAGAUUUUGAUCAACUGGAUUCUGCUAAAGGAGCUACUUGUUGCGGAGAUCGUUGUUGCCACGUUGUCGUUGAUGACAUCAUCAUGAACAACAACAACAACAACAACAGUUUUGUUGAUGAAAUAUGCAACAACAAUUUCAACAACAAACUUGAUACCAGUCUGAAUAAUAACGCGAAGAGCAACAUUAACUGUUGCAACAAUGAAUGUAGCAACAACUGCAGUUGCAAUUUUAACCACGAGACGUCGUUUAACCAGCUCAAAUGCAACACGUCUAGCAACGAAAUUGUCUAUGACAUCAUCAACAACAACAAAAACCAAUCCAGCAACAACAAAAACAUUUUCGGCAAUAACGUCGACAACAACUCAUGCACAAGCAUUAAUAUGAUCAGACGCAAUUAUUCUAUACCGUCAAUCGCCGACCAAUACAACAACAACAACAACAAUAAUAAUAACAACAACACGGCAACUACAACAACAACCAGCAAUACGCCCGACACUGAACAACCACAACAUCAACAUUUGCAACAACAACAGCAGCAACAGCAACAAAAUCUACCGAUAUAUUUUGUGAACAAUGAAGUAACCAAAUGUGAUCCUAGAGACGAAGCCAGUGCAGAAAACAUGGCCCCCACAAGUUUCGUCUUCAUCAUGGAUAGAUUGAGCAACGUUUGUUGCCGCAAGAAAGUUGAGCAACACUGCAACAUUGUUCGUCAACAUCGCAGCAACAACAACCGCAACAACAACAACAACAACAACACCAGUAACUACUCCGACAGAGAAAGCAACGACCACGCGUUCGCUUACGUACGUGAGAUGACGUCAUACACGCCUUGUCAUUUUUGCAGUUUCGGUCAGUGUAUGGAAAGAGGAAAAUCACGUGAUCUGCGGAAUGACGUCAUUGAAGAACCAACGAUUUCGUUAAAACAACAAACACAAUUAAAACAACAAGCAUUACAAAUCAACAACAAAUACGACAGAAAGUACGUCGUGUGUUCGUGGUUCCUCGUCGGUAUUGUGGCGAGUAUUUGCGGCAUAUUCGUCGGUACUCUCAUGCAGAACCGGCUACUGUCCGUACGCGGGAAUGCACUCAAGUUCAGCCAUGAAGCCGUGCAGAGAAACAGAAGCUGGCUUGAUGAGCGUGAGUGGGAUUCCUUCUCAUCCGAAAGAUUAGUCUCAUCAUAUUCACGCGAUGACGAUGACGACAGAAAUCUUGAUGGCAAUGAAGAAGAUGAUGGUGAUGGUGAUGAGGAAGAUGAUGAUGAUGACGGCGUAGAUGAUAAAUCGGCUUCAACAACAUCAACUGGUAGUAAUUUUUUUGAAAAAAUAAACAGCUAUACUCGCAAGCGGCACUAUUUUACGCGUCCAAUUACUUGA